AUGGAACAUGGGCCAAUGCAUCCAUCUGUAUCUCAAAAGAUACAUUGGCAACCUGACCUCCCAGUCAGGCAUUUUAAUUACACUCCAAGAAUGCAAAAUAUUCAUGGGGAUGGUGCCUUCGUGAACAGGAAAUCUUCAUCUAUUGUAACACCCUUGCCGCCAGCUUUUGCAGGAGCCCCAUUGGAGAACCUUAAAGAUCCUGUUCUGAUUGAUUUGGCUGCGACAGGUAUUGUCAGGACAGCAGUUGCUCCAUUUGAGCGAGUGAAGCUCCUGAUGCAAAACCAGAACGGGAUGAUCAGGUCAGGUCGGCUGCCCCAACCAUACAAUGGAAUAUUUGACUGCUUUGCCAGAACAAUCAGAAAGGAAGGUAUCCUUUCCCUUUGGAGAGGCAACAUUGCAAUCGCCACUGCAUAUGUUUCCUCUAAGGCCAUACAUUAUAAAUCCUACGAAUAUUUUGCAAGUCGUAUAGAUAGCUCGUGGAGUAUUUUUGAGGUAGUAGCGGCAGGUGGUUUUUCUACAGCUGCAAAUCUGUUUCUUGUUUAUCCAUUAGUUUAUGCCGGAACACGCAUGGCAAAUGAUGUCAAAACUGCAAAUGAUGUCAAAACUGCCGGUUACUCUAGCAAAAGGCAGUUUAAUGGUAUACUUGAUGUGUACAGAAAAACUCUGAAAGUAGAUGGCAUUUCUGGAUUGUUCCGUGGAUAUACUAUGGCACUAGCUCAGGUUGGUGUGAUUACAGCGCUAUCCGCUCUUUUAAGGCCAUGGUAUCAGUAUUUGUCGAUCCAAUCGCAGAACAAUGAUUUGGGCAAAGCUAUCUUGGACUGUGUGUUUGAUUGUAGUGGCAGCCUGGCUUCCUACCCUCUGGGCACAGUGAGUAGGAGGAUGAUGAUGACCUCAGGAGAAGCUGUCAAGUAUAAAAGCUCACGGAAUGCAUUUGCGCAAAUUUUCAAAACUGAGGGUGUAGAGUCCUUCUAUAAAGGUGCAGGGGCAGAUAUCCUUGUAAGUGUUGCUUUCAAGGGUUACGCGUUGUUACUGUCUCACCUAUAUGCUGCUUAUUUUGCUGCAAUGGCAAACGGGGGUGAUGGCGGCCGACCUGGUUUCGCUCUCUCCAUUAAAUGGAAGAAGGACGGGGUUAAGUGACAGGGCAGUGACGGCAGCAGUCAAUUCAGUCAUGAUGGAUAAAAUCUUAGCCUUCCAUUCAUUCCAAGUUCAGUUUUGACCUUCUUUUCCCUUCUUUUCUGAGCUGAGAAACAUUUGUUCUAUCGUCUUUUGGUUAAACGAAGCUGGGAAACUUGUUAAAUUGACAGAGUAGCAAGGAAGGUAUGAUAUCAUUAGGUUUGAUUUUGACACAGCGGCAUAGCUUUCCCCUGGCAAUAACUAAUUCAGUUCAGUAUGCUACUUCUGCUGCGAUUUCCUAUAUAAAAAUUCUUCUUCGUAUGGUACCUUUAUGAGAAUUGUGUCGUCGU